CACUUGCACGCGUAUUCAUAAAACAUCACACCGGCGUGCUAUUUGUACGGCCUAGUACUUCGGAAGCUCUGGGACCUACCUACGGUGUAGGGCCGUUGGUUGUCCGAUCUGCUCCUCGCUGUGAGCCAAAAGGAUAUCUGCCAAUGUCUGAAGAACUUCGGGACGAGGUCGAGGCAAUCAACUCGAUCUAUGGCGAUGGCAGCUUAGUCUCUUCCGAUGACGCCAACGUAUACAUCCUAAAGCCUCCUGUAAAUUCAUCCUCUCUCCGAGUCGAAUUUCCUCCCGGCUACCCCGCAGUGCCUCCCGUUGUUCUCGGCACCAACAGUACUGGAGAGCAUGGGAAGCGCGGCGAUGCUGCUCAGGAACUCUCGUUGUUCUGCCAGGCCUUGGGCGCUGUCUAUCAGCCAGGGUCCGUCUGUCUGUUCGACGCGAUCGAGGAGUUGACUCGACUUCUCGAAUCCCGAGCCGUGGAGGCGCACCAGGACGAAGACCCCUACCUCGAAGGCAGCGCUGGUCCUGUGCCAGUCCGCGAGGAGCUGGCAAAUGCGAACGAGGUUGCCGGGGGUCCAGAACCUCCCUGGGUACUAUCCGACCCUUUCGUCGAGCUGAAAUCGAUAUUCGUGGCUCGUUGCGCCGCCGUCUCGUCGACCGAAGAAGCCGAGGAGUUUGUCCAGCAUCUUCUCGCCUCAGACAAGAAAGUUCGAACCGCUACGCACAAUAUAACGGCGUGGCGCAUAAAGGGGCCCAACAAUACCACUUUUCAGGAUUGCAACGACGAUGGCGAGACUGCCGCCGGCGGUCGGCUGCUGCAUCUUAUGCAGCUCAUGGACCUCUGGAACGUCAUGGUGGUCGUUACCCGUUGGUACGGCGGACAUAAACUAGGCCCUCGCCGGUUUGCUCUGAUUAACCAGACUGCGAGGGAUGCCUUUGUGAAGGCUGGCCUUGUCUCUGAGAAUCCAAGCAAGAAGAAGCCGUCGGGCAAGACGUGAUCUUGAGGGUCGUCACACAGUGCACACCCCGCGUACCCCGCACGGUGGUUCCUCUUUGUCGGGCCUCGGCUGCUCCUCCAAGACUCCCCGCGCAGAUGGCGUGGCAGAUGGCGUGUUGUCGCCGUCUCUUGGGAGCGAGCUUGGUAUGCUGCCUUAUUGUCCUUCCCGUUUCAAGGUAAAAAUCGCGCCAUAUCCCCCAGAACCAAGUCACCAAUCUUAUCCCUAUAUAAAGAUGGUUGAGCAACC